GGCGCCGAGCACCGCGCGGCCGCUGAUUUCUUUGGCGACGUCAUCGCGACGGUUUUCACCGUGUAGCAGUGAACGUAAUCGCGUGGUCGCCGCGAAUGACGUCAUCGCGCGGUCGGCAAGAGUGACGUCAUCGCGCGGUCGGCAAGAGCUGACGUCACGGGACGGACGCCAUCGCGGGCCGCCCGGGUCGCAGAGAGGCAAGAGGCCCAGGGCCGCGUUCGCCGCAGGGCUCAGGGCCUCCCCGCGUCCCCCUCAACCACAGCCCCCCCCUGCAUCCCCUUCCUUUCCCCGCGCGUGUUCCCUCGACUCUCUGGGCCACGCGCAUCGGGAGGCACCGCGGGAGACGGACAGAGGGAGGCCGUUGAGGGAGUCCGCCUCCGUGCGGGUGCGCGGCCUCGGGGGGGAGCGGGCGACAGAUGGAGUGUGCGUGAUUCAGCUGAGAUGUAAACAUGGACCAGUUUGGGACAUCGUUUGCUGCUGCUGUGGACGUGUGGGCCAUCAGCUCGGAGGAGCGAGCCAAGCAUGACCAGCAAUUCCUUAGUCUCAGCCCAGCAGGAGGUUACAUCACAGGUGAGCAGGCACGAAGCUUCUUUCUGCAGUCGGGGCUUCCUGCACCCGUCCUUGCACAAAUAUGGGCGCUGGCGGACUUGAAUGGCGACGGCCGUAUGGACGCCCAGGAGUUUUCCAUCGCCAUGAAACUCAUCAAGAUGCGUCUACACGGCCACGCGCUCCCCGCGGUGCUGCCACCUGCCAUCCUGCAGCGCUCCCCCUUCGGGCCUCUGUCGGCGGGGGCCCCUCUGCUCGGGAUGGGGGGUUCCCUGGGGAGUACGUUGGUGGGAGGGCCCCUCGGGGCCGUGGCGCCGUCUUCCUUGACGCCGCUGAGCACUGUGGGAAUUCCUGCACCGAUGGCCAACGGUGUGCAGGGCUUGAUGCAGCCCUUCCCAACGACUGGUGCCACGCUACCAAAAGGUUCCACAUUCGGCCGACCUGGAGCAGGCGUUGGGCCUGGGAUAGGUCCCAUUCAAAUGCAGAAAGCCCUGUCGGCUGAAGCCACCAUGGCGGCUGACUGGGCUGUCCCACAGUCAUCUCGCCUCAAGUACCGACAGCUCUUCAACAGUCACGACAAGACCAUGAGCAGCUUCCUGACAGGGCCACAGGCCAGAAACAUCCUCAUGCAGUCCCACCUCACACAACCGCAGCUCGCCGCCAUCUGGGGUCUCUCUGACAUCGACCAAGAUGGCAAGUUAACGGCUGAGGAGUUCAUCUUGGCCAUGCAUCUCAUUGAUAUGGCACUGUCUGGACAGCAGCUGCCUCCCGCCCUCACCGCUGACCUAAUGCCUCCCUCGUUCAGGCGGUCGCGCACUGGAAGUUCCCUCUCUGGAGGCAGCAGCAGCAGCGGCGUUUCCGUGUCGCUUCUCGAACAGAAACCUCCAGAGGAGGCCGCCGCCGAAGAGGAACAGGAGAAAAAACUACCUGUGACAUUUGAGGACAAGAAGAGGGAGAACUUUGAGAAGGGCAACCAGGAGCUGGAGCGAAGGCGUGCUGCGCUGGCCGAGACGCAGCGACGCGAGCGUGAGCGCCUGCUGGCCGUGGAGCGCGCGGAGCACGAGCGGAGGGAGCGCGAGCGCCAACAGCAAGAACGGCGCCGCCAGGCGGAGCUGGAGCGCCAGCUGGAGCGCCAGCGGGAGAUGGAGCGACAGAGGGAGGAGGAGAGGAGGAGGGAGGUGGAGCGCAGGGAGGCCGCCAAGCGGGAGCUGGAGCGGCAGCGUCAGAUGGAGUGGGAGCGCACGCGACGGCAGGAGCUGCUCAACCAACGCAACCGCGAGCAGGAGACCAUCGUGGGGCUCAAGGCUCGACGCAAGACGCUCGAGUUCCAGCUGGAGGCCGUGGGCGACAAGCGGCAGCAGCUCGACGGGAAGCUGCAGGACGUUCGUGCCCGGCUGUCCAUCGAGCGGCAGGAGCUGGAGCGAACCAACAGCGCGCGCGAGAUCAAGCUCUCCCAGCUGGAGUUGCUGCAGAAGCAGCUGCAGGAACAUCAGCAAAUGUUGGCACGCCUGGUUCCAGAGAAGCAGUCUCUGAGUGAGCAGCUGAAGCAGGUGCAGCAGAACCACACUCAGAAUGACUCUUUCACCGGGGUGCACAAGGCACAGCUGGCGCGCGAGGCCGCGUGCCUCCGCCUGCGGGAGACCCUGGUCUCCGUCGAGACCGAGACGGCCGAGCGGUUGAACGACAUCGACGCCUUCAACAACCAGCUGAAGGAGCUCCGGGAGAUGUACAGCCGCCAGCAGCAGCUGCAUCAGGAGCGGCAGCAGCAGCUGCAGCAGGAGCGGCAGCAGCAGCUGCAUCAGGAGAGGCAGCAGCAGCUGCAGCAGGAACGGCAGCUGCAGCAGGAACGGCAGCUGCAGCAGGAGCGGCAGCAGCAGCUGCAGCAGGAGCGGCAGCAGCAGCUGCAGCAGGAGCGGCAGCAGCAGCUGCAGCAGGAGCGGCAGCAGCAGCUGACGCAGGAGCGGGCGCGAGCUCAGAGAGAGGUGGACGAGCGCGCGAGAGCGCAGAAGGAGGCGGAGGAGCGAGCGCGAGCGCAGAAGGAGGCGGAGGAGCGAGCGCGAGCGCAGAGGCAGGCGGAGGAGCGAGCGCGGCACCAGCGCGAAGCUGAGGAGCGAGCGCGAGCCCAGCGGGAGGCGGAGGAGCAAGAGCAAGCGGAGAGCAAGCGGAGAAGCGCAGGGCAGGACUCCCAGGCCGACCAGGCUGGCGGGGAGGAUGCAAUUGCCUCCGGCGGUCCGGUAGGGGCGCCUGGCAACCAGCAGCACAAGAUGGAGUUGGCCGACCGCCUCAAUAAGAUCCUGCAGCGGCAACAAGAUCGCGAGCCUGUCAGGAAACCCUCGGACUCGUCGGAGUCCAAGGUGGCUUACUACCGAGCACUGUAUCCGUUUGAGGCUCGCAAUCAGGACGAGCUCACGAUCCAGCCUGGUGACAUCAUCCUAGUGAAAGGGGACUGGGUCGACGAGAACCAAACCGGUGAGCCGGGCUGGCUGGGUGGGGAGCUGCGUGGCCAGACCGGGUGGUUUCCUGCCAACUACAGUGAGCGCAUUCCCGAUGGCGAAAUUGGGGGGGGCACCCAGGCCCAGACCCCAGACGGUGGGGGGCAUCUACUGGCAGCAGCAGGAGGAACAGGAGGAGGAGGUGGAGGAGAAGGAGGAGGAGGUGGAGGAGGAGGAGGUGGUGGCAACUGGGCAGACUUCAGCACCGCGUGGCCGGGCAGCACUAGCACCACGGAAGUGGGGAGUGAUUCGGGGGGCGGCACCUGGGAAUCGCUGGACAGCACGGCUGCUCACGCGACAGCCCAGCCCGUUGCGCACGCGGGGGCAGCCCAGCGACAGGGUUCGGCCUUCACCCCGGCCUCCGUGUCCAUGUCCCCCUCGCCAACGCCAGGACAGGGAGAGCCGGUCGAGGGUGUGCAGGCUCAGGCCCUCUACCCGUGGCGUGCCAAGAAAGAGAACCACCUGAACUUCAACAAGGGCGACGUUAUCUCGGUGCUUGAGCAGCAGGACAUGUGGUGGUUCGGGGAGGCGCGCGGCGGCCAGAAGGGCUGGUUCCCCAAGUCCUAUGUGAAACUCAUCUCUGGACCCGUGCGUCGUGGGCUCAGUGUGGAGUCAACCUCUUCGGAUGGGUCCCAGCGCGGCCCAUCUCCACGGCCCCCCAUGCCUGAAGAAGCCAAGAUGAAGUCACUUCCCACACGCCCUGCCCCGGCACCCCCGGCUUCCUCUGGCCAAGGCUCCCCAGUGAGGAGUCGCCUGGCACCAUCACCAGCACCACCUCAGGAAGAGUUUGUGGCGCUGUACGCGUACGAGAGCGGAGAGCCGGGCGACUUGACGUUCGCGCAGGGCGACAUCAUCGUGGUGACACGACGGGAGGGUGACUGGUGGACGGGCCAAAUCGAGGGCCGCUCUGGGGUCUUCCCCUCCAACUACGUGCGGCCCAAGGACAGCGAGGCACCAGGCCAGGCUGGAAAGACCGGCAGCAUGGGAAAGAAGCCAGAGAUUGCGCAGGUGGUGGCGUCGUACACCGCGACGGGGCCCGAGCAGCUCACCCUGUCGCCCGGGCAACUUAUCCUCAUCAGGAAGAAAGCGACCAACGGCUGGUGGGAGGGAGAGCUGCAGGCGCGGGGCAAGAAGCGCCAGAUUGGGUGGUUCCCGGCUAAUUACGUGAAGCUGCUGGGUCCGACGAGCGGCAAGUCGACUCCCGUCAUGCCCAGCGAGGGGACCAAGUCGGUGCCAUACACCACGCCUACCGUGUGCCAGGUGAUCGGCGUGUACGACUACGUGGCGCAGAAUGAGGACGAGCUCUCCUUCUCCAAGGGGCAGCUCAUCAGCGUGCUCAGCCGCAGCGACCCCGACUGGUGGAAGGGGGAGCUCGGCGGCGCCGUGGGCCUCUUCCCCUCCAACUACGUCAAGCAGACGACCGACACCGACCCCAGCCAGCAAUGGUGCGCCGACCUCCACGCCCUCGACAGCCUGCCGCCAGCGGAGCGCAAGCGGCAGGGAUACAUCCACGAGCUCAUCCAGACGGAGGAGAACUACAUGAGCGACCUGACGCUGGUCACCGAGGUGUUCCAGAAGCCCAUGGCAGAGUCGGGCAGUCUCACCGAGGAGGAGAUGGCGAUGAUAUUCGUCAACUGGAAAGAGCUCAUCAUGUGCAACAUAAAACUGCUCAAGGCUCUGCGCGUCAGGAAGAAGAUGUCAGGGGAGCGAAUGCCGGUGCAGAUGAUUGGGGACAUCCUCACCGCUCAGCUGCCGCACAUGCAGCCGUAUAUCCGCUUCUGCAGCUGCCAGCUCAACGGGGCCACGCUGCUGCAGCACAACACGGACGAGCAGCCCGAAUUCAAGGACUCCCUCAAGAAAUUGGCGAUGGAUCCACGCUGCAAAGGGAUGCCUCUGUCAAGCUUCCUGCUCAAGCCCAUGCAGAGAAUCACGCGGUACCCGCUCAUCAUCAAAAACAUCCUAGAGAACACGGGGGUGGAGCACCCCGACCACGCUCACCUGCGCUCGGCACUGGAGAAGGCGGAGGAGCUGUGCUCGCAGGUGAACGAGGGAGUGCGGGAGAAGGAGAACUCGGAUCGACUCGAGUGGAUCCAGGCGCACGUGCAGUGCGACGGCCUCUCUGAGCAACUGGUGUUCAAUUCGGUCACAAACUGCCUGGGGCCUCGCAAGUUCCUCUACAGUGGGAAGCUCUACAAGGUGAAGAGCAGCAAGGAGCUGUUCGGAUUCCUCUUCAACGACUUCCUGCUGCUCACGCAGGCCGUGCGUGCGCUCGGCGCCACCGGAGACAAGCUCUUCAGCCGCAAGUCCACCCUGCAGUACCGCAUGUACAAGACGCCCAUCUUCCUGAACGAGGUGCUGGUGAAACUACCGUCAGACCCGUCGGGCGACGAGCCGGCGUUCCACAUCUCCCACAUCGACCGCGUCUACACCCUCCGUGCCGAAAACAUCAACGAGAGGACCGCGUGGGUGCAGAAGAUCAAAGCGGCAUCAGAGCUCUACAUCGAGACGGAGAAAAAGAAGAGAGAGAAGGCGUACCAGGCUCGCACCCAGCGGACGACCGGGAUUGGCCGGCUCAUGGUGAACAUCGUGGAGGGCAUCGAGCUCAAGGCGUGCCGCUCCAACGGGAAGAGUAACCCGUACUGCGAGGUGACCAUGGGUGCUCAGUGCCACAUCACUAAGACGAUACAGGACAGCGUGAACCCCAAGUGGAACUCCAACUGCCAGUUCUUUGUCAAGGACUUGGAGCAGGACGUGCUGUGCAUCACCGUGUUCGAGCGCGACCAGUUCUCACCGGACGACUUCCUGGGUCGCACGGAGAUCCGCGUGGCCGACAUCAAGCGCGACCAGGACACCAAGGGCCCCAUCAGCAAGAGGCUGCUGCUGCACGAGGUCCCGACGGGCGAAAUCACGGCGAGACUCGACCUGCAGCUCUUCCAGGACGGCCGCGAGUAGCCCUCGUCCCCACCGGCCGUCCGUCUCCCCUGCCCGGUCCCCGCAAACACUGGGGCCACGACGCCCCCCCCCCCCCCACACACAACCCCCCUCGCAUCCCCCCAUCCAAACGAUAGAAUGCCCCCACGGGCUCCCAGCUCCCCACACCCCUCUCCUCGCAUCGUGGCCCACGACCGUGGCGGAACGGCCCUGGCCUCCUUCCCCCACCAGUCAUUCCACUGUCCCUCGCUCUGCGCGCUCGCGUGCGCCGUACCCGCCUGCCUGGCCGAUCUUGGCCGUAGGCUGCCGAUUAAAAACAAACAAAAAAAACCCCGGCUCCGGUGGACCGAUUUGCAAAAAAGGUUAAUCUCGUACUUUAUUACAAUUUUUGGGAAAACAUUUUUUUACGAUAUUUUUGCUUCGAACAAAAUCGGUCCGUGGCAAAACGUGGGUUUCAAAACCGGCAGCCGACCGCGCACAUUGGUCGGGUGGCCGGGUGUGACGCAUGCUGCACGACAUACCUUGUUGGCAGCACAAACGGGGGAAUUGUUCAUAUUUAUGAAAUGUUCUCGUCAUUUGUUUUUUUUUAUGAUUAAUAUAAAUAUGAUGAUGAUGAUGAAAUGGUAAUUGAGUGCAUAUCAAGGGCCUAAGCAAGUUGGUUUGUGGACAGUAAGAGCAGUCAUUUUGCCCGGUAAUGGCCAUACACAUGUAUAUACACUGACGGUAUACGGUAUAUACACUGGCAGUAUAGAGCUGGGAUGGGACCCAUUCAGUGUGACUCGCUGCUGCGGGUUGCCACCGCCGCUCUAUGUGAGCGACGCAGGGUUGGGUCUCGUUAAUAUUUUACUUGUGUAAUAGUGUCAGGCGAGCCUCGCUAGGAGGUGCCGUGCGUGCGUGUGCGAGUCUGGUGUGUGUGUAUGUGUGAGCGUGUGUGCACGCGGUGUCGCUGCUGCGAUCCACACUCCGCAUUCACAACUCCGCGCCCGGGGCUGCCAAAGCAAGGGGCGACCCACACGUGUGCCCCCCUGCCCCCCUGCCCCCCCCCCCCCGCAUGUUUUGAGCCUGCGGGACAAUCUUACAAUUCUCUCCGGCGUCGUACCUCCGAGAGCUAGCGUUAGGCGGGUCAGUGCUGAAAUCCUGGGUGACUUAACAGAUCACUCCAAACACAUUUUGAAUGGGACUUUUGUGCCACACGCGUGGAGCCACGGUCGCGAUGCCACCUGCUGCCGUGGUGUUCGUACGCCGCGCUUUAGUUUGCGCGCUUGGUCUGUGAUGCGAUGAAAGUGCCAACUAGAGAAACCAAUGUUUACAGGGCCCAAGGUAGCCACGGCUGACCCACGUGGCCCGAGGAAGUUCGGCACUGGAUUGCGCUCGGCAGCGCCGCCAGGAAUGAGCGGCUAGGCGGGAAGCAGCGUGCGCUGUGGCUUACGAGGAAGCCUCCGUUGAUUUCGCAGGCGCACGUGUGCUACAUAAUCUCCAAUAUAAUUACAUAAUCACCAAACCCUGCCGAUUUAAGCGGUAGGCUUCUGAUUUUUAAACCGUCUUACCGCAUACCAAUUUUUUAUUUAAUCAUAACGCUUUAUAACAUUUUUGGGAAAAUACUUGACACAAUUUUUUAUUUAAAAAUUGGUACUUGGUAAAAACUGUUUACGAAUCAGACACCUCGAGAUCAAUCUUGGCAAGGAGUCAGCGCCUGAUGACCAGGUGACGGCUUUUCACCAACGCCAUUAUUAUUUCUGUUUCAAGCGUACUUGGUAAAAAAAAACAAAAGUAAAUCCAGCGCUGUGCGCGAUUGUGAUUAUCCGUAGCGAAAGGAGAGCCGGCCUCAGUUCUUCCCCUACAGGCCACGUCGGCCUCAACGCAAACAUUCGCCAGGGCGCGUCGGAGUGAAUGCGGAGUGCACGGGCGGCGAUGGCGGUCCCCGUUCUUCCCGUGCAGCGGCGCCCGUUACCCAUUUGGUGUGCGAGUCCUUCGUGUUUACUUAUUGCAGCACUCUCCUUCGGAUCAAUGUUUGCACAUGGCUGUCAUGUCUAGCCAAUAAUUUUUAGUUUUAUGAUUAUUUGACGGUGGUAUAUUGUAAGUGAUGAUGCAGGUUUGCCUUCACAUGCCCUAGAAGAGUGUAAUUGAUAGCUUUAAAAUGGAAGCUGCGUUUGGAGGUUAAACGGUCGGGUUUGGCAGAGCCACCUGUUCAGGUCCUUCCAGCUCAGCCACUCUCCACCACAAGGGGCCACAUUUAGAAAAGGAAGAUUUUUCUUGAAAACGUUGUCAGCUGACUGUUGCUUUUGGGUAAAUGUGUUCAUUUGGAGGAAAAAAAAAGGAUCAAAGUAAAUUUUCUUAGAGGGAGGAAAAUGCAAUCCCUGUUUUAUGUUGUUAGAAUCGUCACAGCUUGCCAAGAACCAUCCCUCUAGAUUUCAUUCUUCCCACGUUUGCUUCGUGUGGUAGAACUGACUCAGCUUGAGAUCACAGCCCAUCUUGACUGCCCUUGAGAGGCCUCUGGCUGUGGCAAUGGGGUGGCAGUAAAGUGAGCUGUUGAGAGGGCAUGGAGCCCCGCUACUUCCUUCCGCCUUUCAUUCGUCCAGCCAAUCGGUGCCACCUCAUUUGACAUUUACCAACCUCACAAGUUUUCACACAGAUAUAUGAAGUGCAAAGCAAUAAUGUGGUUAGUGAGUGUUAGGGGUGGGGGCAGGCUUUUAGGGCUGGGAUAAAUUGGGCUAGGGUAAAACGAAUCGUUUUAAUAUAAGGGCUGCUGUUGUCACAUUGAUAAUUUGUGCGCAAGCCAGGCCUGAUUUUGCGAAUAAUUGAAUGUUGCGUUGAGGUAAUUUCCCAGAAUAAGCUAUGAGCACAAAUCAAAGGGAAUUGUUGAUCUUAAUUUAAGUGGAGACCCAAACAUUUCUCUUGGCCAAGUCAGCCGGAGUCCACGUUAAGGUGGGGCAGGAGGGAGCAGACGUGGCCGGGCCUCACUGGUGUAGGCCCUCACACCCCCCCCGCUCCGAUGUAACUCAAUCUGGCAGCUGGUCACCCAAUAAGUAUCGAGCAUCGAUACAUGAGAUGCAGAUCUGCAGAAUUGUUUUGGGAGUUAUUUAUUUAACAGUGGCCAAUGUUCCAGAGCAGAUAGAAGACGCGGCACCUUGUAGCCACGACAAUCGUGAGCUCUGGAAUUGAACUCGGCUCUUCGGGGCUCCUCCAAGACGCCACCGGCCGAUUCUCUGGCCGUCUAAGGAUUUGCAUCUUUCACCACUCGUUUCCUGUAUUUUGAUCAAUUAACAGCGUCAGACGUCAAUGUUUGCUUCUGCAGUUUUUAAGGCAACAUUGAAAUUGUCUGUAGCGAUCCCUUGCUGCAGCGACCCAGGCUAUCGGGUCGUACUCGUGUGCAUCCGUACGGGCGAAUAUGUCCGUGGCCAGAGGCUCGGACCUGUUCACGUGUGUCGAUGUACGAUCGGUACACAGUGCAGUCCGUUUACCGUGCCGUGGCGUCACCCCACUCACCGUGGUGACCUGCCUGCCAUUACAGUGAUUGUGCCGAGUUAUUGCCAGCAGUUAUCUUAUGACGGAUUAACGUGAACGUUGCAUUCCUUUGUUCUGGGCGUGGGGGGGGGGCCAAGCCACAUCACUCGCGUCCUAUGGUUGCAUCAAGACGCCUUAGUUUGGGCUAAUGAUCACACUCCCACGGGCUUCGUAGAAGCUUCGGAAUUCACUCCCAGCAGCUGUCCCUGUGCAGUAAGACUGACUGCCCAGCGUGAGAAUCGUGAUCCUGUAUGAUAGAUACCGGCCAAGCUGUACAUUGCCGUCUUGAUCCAAUAAAGUUCUCAUUGGUAAUGA